AUGCCCAGAACAAGGACAUCCCCCACCGACCCGCUCCCCGCCACUCCUCUGUCCCUGAGGCCUGGCUUCCCGGGAACUGAACUGGGAGUGAGCCUGCACUCCCAGCCCUUCCAGCCACCCAAGUGUCUGCAGGUCGCCGCCCUCCACCAAUCUGGGCCUGCUGCAGAGAGCAGAGCCGCCCCAUGUCUCCGGAAGAGGGGCAUCCGGCUGCGGGGCGAGGUAGGGCAGCCCACUCCGGAAGAUGCCCCCCAACCGCCAAGCCCACCCACGCGCCGGGAUCGUGAGCGCUGUUCCCUGCCCGCCGGGGUCGCGGCAGGGACGUCACAGAGGCGGCGACGUCACAGACGCCGGCGCCCCCGGCGUCUCCACCGCCCUCCACAGCCCGCCACCAAAGAGCGCACUGGAGGCAGAGGGGCAGCAGCCACCAGCCCGCUCCCCGCCUCCCCGACAGCCUCGGUCAGCAUGGGGGUGACAGGUGCCAAUGGAUUUCCCUGCUGUGACAAGGAGUCGGUGGACAUUGUGGAUACACUGGGUGGCAUAAACCAAAACCAGUUCCAACCAAUACAAGAGGAAGAUGACAUGGAGCUGGAGAAAGAAUUGCUAGAGCUGGAGCCCCCAGACAAAGAGGUCCUGCGCCUAGACCCAGAACCGGAGCCGGAACGGAAGCCCAAGGCUUUCCCGCAGCCAGAGAUGCGCCCGGUUGUCGCGGUCAAGCCCGAGGCCAAGCUGGACACAGAUCCCCAGCUGAAGGUGGUUAACUUGGGACCCUUCAGUGAAGAGCCUGAGCCACAGGGGUAUAAGACAGAGUCACUCCACCCCUACACGGAAGGGCUAAUGCAGCACGACAUCAGCCGAUCGAGUCUGAGGUCAAACUCCAGCUACCUGAGCACCACAGGGGAGGACCCGGUGUCCACCGACCACCACUCCUUCUGUGUGCAGACCUCCAAACACCUCUUCUGGGCAGACAAGCUCGUCCAGGCCUCAGAACACAGCCUGCGACAGGCGAUCAGCAUGCAGCCCACCGAGGAGAGCACAAAAGAGACCGCCUGCCACCCAGACCAGCCGUCGGCCCCCAAGGACGCUGUGUGCUCCCAGAAGCAGAGCCAGGCCCCCAGGGCCCAGCCAGCUCUUCCAGACAAAGUCUCCCAGCAGCCUCCAAGCCCCCAGCCGUCCCCCUCCCCACAAACCAUCGGCCUGGCAGAGCUGAUCAACUUCGCAUCUUCCCUGGCCAUGGCCUCCUCCGGCAGGAUGGACUUGCCCAAUUUGGGGCAUGUGAUCAAAGCCCCACUCCAGAGGGCCAUGACGCCUUCCACAAAGCCCACUGCGGAUCACACUGCCCAGCCCCCCGUGGACGACCCAGAGCAGGAGAACCUCACUAAGGAGGCACUAGAGAAGCCACCAGAGGAACCGCUAGAAGCCAGGGAGCUGCAGGAUGCUUCAAAGCAGGCAGACAAGCACUUCCCUCACCCUUACCUUGACUUCAGCAAGCCAGGGUUCAAGAGGGCCACCGUUAAAGGGGAAGUGAAGUUUCUCCAGCCCCCAAACAUGUCCCCUCAGCCGCAGGGAGCUGGGAAAGACCUGGGGACCAUGGAGGGGAGUCCAUUAUUGCUGAAAAUCCAUUUUAAGCUGUCGUCCCCCACUUCCCCAGAGAAGACUAGACAAAACCAGUAAAGCCUACAGUGCUGGCCCCCGGCUCAGACUUUUUGUGCAAAUGCUCCCGGACCAGUGAACUCCUCUGGCUGCGGCAUCCUGGUCUCGAUUUUUUUAGGGAUGCCACCCCCACUGUAGCUACCCCAGCAGCGCCUGCCCCCUGAGGGCUCUGCCAGCCCUGUUUUGUACCUGCUCACUCCCCAUGGGUGGUCCCACUUCCCCUGCACCCAGCCGGACCUCCCGGCCAGCAGCAGACUUGUGACUAGGGGAGGCCUCAGUGGUGCCCCUUCUGAGGCUUCUGUUUCUUAGAUGUAAAAGGGGGCAUGUUGGGAUCGCCUGAGGCGAGAGCCUGCUGGGGGUGGGGCUGGGCAGGUGAGAAGGCUUCUGGAAGGAGUUCUUCCUGCUUCUCUCCAUGGGGAAGGCCUGGCAUGGGAAAGGGGUGGUGUCCAGGGCUUGAAGGAGGGAAAGAAUGAAGCUAAAGGAUCGGUCCUCCAGGGGCCACCGCCUUGAGUCCGAGGUACCUUCAGCGUAGGGGAGAGCCCAUGUGUAGUGAUGCACUUCUGCAUGCGACCCAGACACACACACACACACACACACGCACACACACACACACGCACACACACACGCACGCACACACACGCACACACACGCACACACACAGACCAGCAGCUGACCAGCAUGUUACACAUACAGAUAUUCACAUAACAUAGCCACAUGCAGACCGAGGAAGCACGUUCCACACACGCAGUGCACACAGGCACACACAAACACAGUACCUGUGACCCAGACACAUGCACACAAACGCACAAGCCUCCCCACAGUGGGGGAGGACAGGCAAUGUGGAGAAGCUUCUGGAAGAGGAGAUGGCAGCAAAGGAGGGAAGAGAACUUGGAGUGCGGGGAUGGACAUGCGCAGGAAGAGGGAAGUUGGGCAGGAAGAGAAGGGGAGGCCGCACCGAGGCUUGGGACUUGGUGAGCCUUGAGACCUACUCUGGGCCAAGGCUUCCCGUGCAGUGAAAUCUCCACCUCGCAGAUCCUCAGAAUCCUGCCCCCACCUUGAGACGGGGCUGAGGAGGGCGGUGCCCAGGGCCUGGGAGAAUGGGAUUAGGAAGGGGUGAGCAGUUAAGAAUGGGCCAGGGCCAGAGAAGGGGGCAGGAGGCUGGAAGGAAGGAUGAAGGAGAGACCCAGAGGUGAGUGUCUGGGGAGAGGCUGGGUCAGAACGGUCAUCUGGCUUUUGGGAUGCAUCUUCCCAGAGUAUUUUGUUAAUGUGGUUUGUGGGUUUGCGUCGUUUGGAGGAAGGGCUCCUUCCCUCCCGGGGGUCCUGGGGUAAGGUGGGCCACAGCCCCAACUUGGCUAGAUCCCACCCUCCCACGCCUUGACUUGGGGCCUCUGGGGCCUGCUUCUCCCCUGGGCCUCAGCCACCCUGUUAGCUUCCAAGUGGAGUCACAAAUUUACAUGCCUUAAGGGAGGCAGAAACACAAAAGACAAAACUGCAGGUUCCCCAGCAGAGAGGAGCAGGCCAGCGGUGAGGGAGAAGGGCACCCCUGCCAAAGGGUGUUAAGAUCCACCCGGAAGCCAGCCUGGGGACUGUGGACCUGGGACGCUGGACUGGCCUCCGAGCCUGUGACUGCCCUUCAGGCAGCAGAGGAUGUAAGACCAAGAUAUCACCAUCGGCAAAGAGAACGUCCAGGUGACGAGGGCAGGGGGAAGGUCCGCCGCUCCUCCAAGCUACUGCCCCCGGAAUCCCCCAGGGAGAGGACUGUGGGUGCAGGCUGGCGGAGGCGGCGCGGGUCCUGGGAAGGGGAAGCUGUGCACCCACAGGUCUGGUCUCAGGUCCCCUGGAGUCUGAGCACUC